AUGAGAUCACUCAAAAUUAUUGAAGAUAAUGGACUAAAACAACUUCUACAAGAAUUCGUAAUUUUAGGGUCAAAAUAUGGUGAAUUUGAUGUCGCUAAUGCUCUAUGUGGCGCAUAUGCAAUAUCUGAUCAUAUUUACAAUUUAGCAAAUGAAUAUCGUUCAAUAUUGAAAGAUAUCCUACAAGAAACACUUGAAAGUGGUUGUAUUUGUGUUAGUCCAGAUCAAUGGUCAGAUGAUGAUACAAAUAUUCCAUAUUUAGGCAUAACAGCAACAUUAGUUACUAAACAUUUUGAAUAUAAAAUUGUUGAUUUAUGUUGUAAACCGUUUUUAGGUGAUGAUCAUAGUGGAAAAAGCUUGCUUAUUGUAAGUAGGGGUGGUACAUUUCCGUUAAUUUGA